UCCUAGAGCUGCCCUAACGCGCUCAUUAACUUGAUCAGCCACCCAGUGAACUCCACUGUCCCCAUUGCAGCUGAGGUAUUCAAGAAUGCUAGCAUCUAUGACCCCAGAAAGCUCUUGGGAGUCACCAUGCUUGAUGUUGUUCGUGCCAACACGUUCGUGGCUGAAUUUUGGGACUUGAUCCUAGAGAGGUUAGUGUUCCUGUUGUUGGUGGGCAUGCUGGAGCACAAUUCUGCCCCUUCUCUCACAGGUGAAGCUUCCUUGCCCAUUGACACCGGAGGAGACAAAUUUCUUAACCAAGCGAAUUCAAGAUGGUGGGACCGAAGUGGUUCAGGCAAAAGCAGGUCCAGGCUCAGCAACUCUAUCAAUGUGAAAUUCGCAGACGCAUGCCUUCACGGUCUAAGAGAGGAUGCCGGCAUUUUUGAGUGUGCUUUUGUGGCUUCACAGUUUGCAGGUAACGAACCUCCUGUUCUUCGCAAUCAAGGAGGCUUGGGCGCGGAGGAGCUGAGAAGGUUUACCAUCUAGGGCAAUUGGAUGAGUACGAGAAGUAUGGAAUGUUUGUGACAUGAAAAGUUGCUUGGUGAAAACCUCAAUUCACUGGUAGGUGGAUGGAUAUGGACAAGAUUGGAUUGGGGAAAGCAAAAGAACUUGCAUUAAGCAUUCAAAAGGGAGUUUCCUUCAAGAAAUGAAAAUGGAGAUGGCAUCAAGAAUCCCUUUUUAAGAUGUAUUUUGUGUCAUACAAUAAAAAAACUGCUAAUUCGUACAAA